UCCAUCCGCGUGUUCUGCCGCAUGGAGGCCGGACAGGGCUGGACUGUGCUGCAGCGUCGCCAGGACGGCUCCGAGGACUUCUACCGCUCCUGGGCGGACUACAGGCGCGGCUUCGGCAACCUGAGCGCCGAGUUCUGGCUCGGGAACGACUACAUCCACCGCCUCACCAACCAGGGAAGAUCCAAGCUGCGGAUAGACCUGGUUAUGUUUGGCGGGGAAGCCAGCUAUGCGGAGUACCAGAACUUCUCUGUGGCUGACGAGAGCUCGGGGUACCGGCUGACGGCAGGUACGUACAGCGGAACUGCCGGGGACGCCCUCCAGCACAGCCGGGACCAGAAGUUCAGCACCAGGGACAGGGACACCGCGAUGCGCGCUGUGCAGAGGUUCCGGGGAGCGGGGUGGUUCUCCAACACGCACUUCCCCAGCCUGAACGGCGUGUACUACACACCGCUAACACCAGGGGAUGGCCUGACGUGGAUGUGCAAAAUCAAGUGGUGCAAUGGCCGUAAGGAAGAUGGGCUCAUCAAGUUUGUGGAGAUGAAAAUCACUAAAACACCAUAAAUGGUUCCUGUACAGUACCGUGACAAUCAUUUAAGUACAGGUCCAGAAUAUCAACGUACCGCCAGUGUACCUGAAUUACCUUCAAGUAUAUGGCGUUUUAGCUGACAGAAACAUGUCAAUUGUUCAGGUACGGACCUGUACCUAAACGUCUGUACCAGUGGCUGUACCUGCACCUGUGCCUGAUGUUAGGCUUAAGUACGCAACACUACCAAUGCUAUUACUGUAUCAUCUAUUUUAGUGCAAAGUGUUUGGGGAAUUUCUACCACCCUGUAGACUUUAGGCUCUUAACCUGACUUUGCUUUUUGUUAGUAAGACAUCUAUGGUCCUGCUGCCUAACACCACAAACAAUACAGAUUUGCUGAAGGUUAAUCAUUCUAUAAUAUGAUAUAAACUUGAUAAUCUGUGGUUAUUUGAUGGGAUCUUUAUGUCUCUGAUUCUGACUAUCUCAACGCAAAGUUUCAUUGAUAAUUGCCGUAUCCCCCAUUGUGGCAACGGAUUAUGACUUUGUGGUUUUGCCAAGCGUUUGUGAUGUGUUUUUACGUAUUAAGUAUAACUUUGUAUCAAGUUGACAGGA